UUUGCAGAGCGGCUAUUCAAGUGGUCGCGUGGCAGCUCGCGGUCCUGGUGCAGUCAUGACAGAGGGGACGUGCCUACGGCGUCGUGGAGGACCGUACAAAACGGAGCCCGCCACGGACCUCAGCCGCUGGCGGCUCCACAGCGAGUUAGGGCGGCAGACGUGGACGUACUUCCCCCAGGGCGAGGGCGAGGCUCCGGAGCGCGUACAGAGCGGCCUAGAGGCGCACUCGCUGGGGCUGGACACAAAGAAUUACUUUAAAGACUUGCCCAAAGCUCACACAGCCCACGAAGGGGCUCUGAACGGUGUAACAUUUUAUGUGGGGCUGCAGGCUGAGGACGGGCACUGGACUGGUGAUUAUGGUGGCCCACUCUUCCUCCUUCCAGGCCUUCUGAUCACGUGCCACAUAGCACAGAUCCCUUUGCCAGCUGGAUACAGAGAGGAGAUAGUGCGGUACCUGUGGUCAGUGCAGCUCCCUGAUGGUGGCUGGGGCCUGCACAUUGAGGACAAAUCCACAGUGUUUGGGACUGCUCUGAACUAUGUGGCUCUCAGAAUCCUGGGUGUUGGGCCUGAUGAGCCCAAUAUGGUACGUGCCCGGAACAUCCUUCACAAAAAAGGUGGUGCUGUGGCCAUCCCUUCCUGGGGGAAGUUCUGGCUGGCAGUCAUGAACGUUUACAGCUGGGAAGGCCUCAAUACCCUGUUCCCUGAGAUGUGGCUGUUUCCUUCCUGGAUGCCUGCACACCCCUCCACUCUCUGGUGUCACUGCCGGCAGGUCUACCUGCCCAUGAGCUACUGCUAUGCUACCCGCCUAAGUGCCUCAGAGGACCCACUAGUUCAGAGCCUUCGUCAGGAGCUCUAUGUGGAAGACUAUGCCAGCAUCAACUGGCCAGCGCAGAGGAACAACGUGUGUCCUGAUGAGCUGUACACACCACACAGCUGGCUGCUUCGCACAGUGUAUGCACUCCUCAACCUGUAUGAGCGCUUCCAUAGCACCCACCUGCGGCAAUGGGCCAUCAAGAUGCUGUACGAGCACAUCACAGCUGAUGACCGCUUCACCAAGAGCAUCAGCAUUGGUCCGAUCUCGAAAACCAUCAACAUGCUUGUGCGCUGGGCUGUGGAUGGGCCAGCCUCGUUUGCGUUCCAGGAACACGUUUCCAGGAUACGUGAUUACCUGUGGUUGGGCCUUGAUGGUAUGAAAAUGCAGGGCACCAAUGGCUCACAGACAUGGGAUACCUCUUUUGCCAUCCAGGCUCUGCUGGAGGCAGGUGCACACCACAAGUCCGAAUUCUUGUCCUGUUUGCAGAAGGCACAUGCAUUCUUACGGCUCUCACAGGUCCCAGACAACCCUCCCAGCUAUCAGAAGUACUACCGACAGCUAAACAAGGGUGGCUUCUGCUUCAGUACCCUGGACUGUAGCUGGAUUGUGGCUGACUGCACAGCUGAAGCUUUGAAGGCUGUCUUGCUUCUGCAGGAGAAGUGUCCCUCUAUCACUGAGCACAUCCCCAAAGAGCAGCUCUGCGAUGCCGUGGCUGUGUUGCUGAACAUGAGGAAUCCUGAUGGAGGGUUUGCCACCUAUGAGACUACUCGUGGGGGGCUUUUGCUGGAACUGCUUAACCCCUCAGAGGUCUUCGGGCACGUCAUGAUUGACUACACGUAUGUGGAGUGCACCUCAGCAGUGAUGCAGGCAUUGAAGUAUUUCCACAAGAAUUACCCAGACCACAGGGCGGCAGAGAUCAAGGAGACCCUGGAGCAGGGCCUAGCAUUCUGCCGGCAGAAGCAGCGAACUGAUGGCUCCUGGGAGGGCUCCUGGGGUGUUUGUUUCACCUAUGGUACCUGGUUUGGCCUGGAAGCUUUUGCCUGCAUGGGGCAUACCUAUCAAGAUGGGGUUGCCUGUGCAGAGGUCUCCCAGGCCUGCAACUUCCUGCUGUCCCAGCAGAUGACUGAUGGAGGCUGGGGGGAGGACUUUGAAUCUUGUGAGCAGCGGCGUUACGUGCAGAGUGCCCAGUCCCAGAUCCACAACACCUGCUGGGCCCUGAUGGGACUGAUGGCUGUCAGGCAUCCUGACGUGGAGGCCCAAGAGAGAGGAGUCAGGUGUUUGCUUGAGAAGCAGCUCCCCAAUGGCGACUGGCCUCAGGAGAACAUCUCUGGGGUCUUCAACAAGUCCUGCGCUAUCAGCUACACAAGCUACAGGAACAUCUUCCCCAUCUGGACCCUUGGCCGCUUUGCCAAUCUGUACCCCGAGAGAACCUUGGCUGGCCACCCUUGAGUGCUACCUGCCAAUAGUGGGUGGGGGCUGGGUGUUGAUUUCUCACAAGUUCCAUGCAAGACAGGUGUCUUGGCCAGUUGGUGGUGCUCCCUGUCACCCUGCCUUGGCCUCCAGCCCCUUGUUUUCUCCUGUGGACAGGAAUCGGGAACCAGGAUAGAACACGGAUGGGUACAGUCAACUUUAGACAUUUGAUCAUCAGUAUAGGUUUAGUUUUAAGACUAAUUAGAAUGAAGGAAACAAGAUGAACUGUGGCCCCUAAUGCACUGCACCUUCUGGAGGAUUUUCUUAACCAGUCACUGUCCUUGAGAGCAGCUGUGACAGCUCUACUUCUUACCUGGGGUUGCUGUGGAGCAGCUUUGGGGCCACUACUGCAUCAUUUGUGUGCUGGGCCAAGGGAUGAGCAGCAACCCUAUGAUGCUGGUGGAGCUGGUGGAUGAGGGAUGAGCCAAAUGGGUGUGGGCUGGGGCCCUCCCUUGUUCUCUGUGGAUGCCCCAGGACUUUGAGUAUGGGAGGGGAAGAUCCCAGUGUCUUGCACUUCAGGAUCCUUAUAGUUGUCACAUACAGGGAGGCUGUGUGUAGCAGGAAGGAGGGGUGGAAUGGUCACAGUGAUUACCGCCAUCUCUAGAACCCUGUGACCAGGAGAAUGCCAGGGCCCUUUAAGGCUCUUAAUCCCCCUGCCAAGUGUGUACUGAGCUGAGUUGUAAGGGACAGAUUUCUGGGGUGAUUCCUCUUAGAGUACACUCUGAAUCCUGAAUUCUAACUCUGCCUGAUCUACCUAUAGAGCUGUUUCUCUGGGGUUGUUCCAAAGGCUUUGGGCCACUUUCUGCCCAGCCCUUGGAGCCCCAGCUGUCAUAGCCACAUGUGUGACAGUUCUGGCUGUGCCUCAGGUACAACAUAUAUUUUUCUCCACACUGAUCUUUCUAGGCACAGAACUCUGGGAGCGCUGUGGCAGAAAGAUUGCAAGUUCUUUUGUAUUUUAGGGAAGGGUCUACAGGGUAUUAGGGUCUCACUACUA